UAGAGCUCUUCCCAUAUAAAUACUCUGUGCACGUUGCCACAGAUUCAUAUUACUUUCCUCUUUUUGAUCACUCACUGCAUCAAACAAUGCCUAGAGAGAAGAUUCUGUUUGCUGGUGGUGGGACUACAAAGAGUUGGAAACUACUCUUGGGGCUGAGAAUACUUGCAUUCAUUGCUACUUUUGCUGCAGCCAUUGUAAUGGGACUGAACAAAGAGACAAAGACCUUGGUUGUGGCCACAAUUGGUACUAUUCCAGUUAAAGCCACUUUAACCGCUAAUUUUCAGGACACACCUGCUUUCGUGUUCUUUGUUAUAGCUAAUGCCAUGGUGAGCUUCCACAACUUGUUGAUGAUUGCUCUUCAGAUUUUCAGCAGGAAAGUGGAAUACAAAGGCUUCCGUCUACUCUCCGUAGCUAUUCUUGACAUGCUAAACGCAACUCUGGUAUCUGCGGCUGCAAACGGGGCCGUGUUCAUAGCGGAGCUUGGGAAGAACGGGAACAAGCACGCCAAGUGGAACAAAGUCUGCGAUAGGUUCUCCGUUUACUGCGAUCACGGCAGAGGAGCACUCAUCGCCGCUUUCUCCGGAGUCAUUCUUAUGAUCCUCGUCUCCGCCGUCUCCAUUUCUCGCCUCUCAAUCAACUCUAAUAAAUUCUCCACCGCUGCGGCUGUUGCUUCUCCGUAGUAACUCGCCGUCAAAAGUUGUUCAGCAAUAUGUAUGCAUACUUAUGUGUCCGUGCGUGUGUCUAUUACUUGGUGUGUUGUCUCUCAAGUCUCAAGUAGCUAUCAUGUUGUCUAAUGCACUGCUCUGUUUUGUCACUUUCAUAUAGAGACGACUUUUCAUUUCUCGCUCUUUUAUUACAUUCUAGUAUCAUUUGAUUAUUUAAAAAAAAAAAUCUAACAGAUUACAGUUUU